GGCGACCUGGCGUAGGGAAAGCCGGGGCUCGUAGUUGCCCCGCGUUGGGAGCGCUGAGGGAAGAGCCCGUGAGGAGGGACCCGGCGUGGUGCCCAGGUUUCUCAGUAAAAGAUUGUGAAACCAAACUUGCUGCAAAAAUGCAAAAUUUUGUCCCCUGAAAAUGGAAUUGUCUCUAUGGCUGUAGAAAAACAAGUUUGAAGGAAGAAGAGAGCUGUACUCUUGGAAGAUGAAGAUCCUUUGGGGAAUUCAUGCUAAUGCGCUGGCAUAUUCCAUGACAACCUUAGGUGCUGGAAUGAUGAACAGUAUUUUUAAUUUCUACUACGUUAAGCUUUUCCUAAACCGAUACAAAAUUUCAGAAGCAGCAUUUCAUGAAGCACAGGUUGUGUUUAUGGUCUGGAAUGCCAUCAAUGACCCCCUGUUUGGGUACAUACAGGACAACUCCAAGCUGAGGUGCUGCGCAAGGCGCCAGUUCUCCAUUCUGUACGGAGCCCCUUUGUAUGGGCUGGCCUUCCUGCUGCCCUGGUUCCCCUGGGGGCACUACGAGGAGGGGGACUGGCUCAGUGGCCUGCACCUCGUCGUCUCGCUGUGCGCCUUCGACGCCUUGCUGACCUUCGUGCUCCUGGCGCAGUGCGCGCUCUUCGCCGAGAGCUCCACCCGGCACGAGAGCAGGCUCCAGCUCAUCAAGUACAACCAAGUGGCAACGUUAAUUGGGUCCACAAGUGUUCUCUUUUGUGGUCUCAUCUCAGAUAAUAUGGAAAACUUUGCCUAUUUUCAGGCAUUCACUGUUUUGAUUGCAGCGUUAGCAACAGCUUGUAUGUGUUGCACAGGUAAAUACAGCACAAGUCAAUAUGAGCAGAGAGAAAUCCAUACAGAGAAUGCUAAUCUGGAAAACAGUGAUGGAGCUUUCUCCUUGGCCUCAGUAGUUUCAUUGACCAAACAGAUCAUGACAGAGAAGAACUUUCUAUGUUUUGUAACAAUGAACUUCUUCCAAGUCUUCCACCUAGCCUUCUACAACAAUUUUAUGAUGAUCUUUGCAGAUAAUCUUAUUCCUAAGGAUGUCCUUUCUUCCUCAGUAAGAAGUAUCAUGUAUGGAGCAGGUUUUAUUUGUCCUCAGUGCCUUGUUCUUCUCAGUCAUGCUUCAUUGAAGAAGUUUGGUUAUUACAGAAUCAUCUUGUUUUCCUUUUACUAUGAAGGAGUAGCUGCUGCUGUCAUGUGUCUUCUAGGGCAAGAACACUAUUACCUGUUGGCAUUUUAUGUCACAACAAACAUGGUAAUUGUGCAAGCUUCAUUUAGCUUGUUCAAUUUGCCUUUGGCAGAUAUUGUCGAUGCAGAUUUAAUAAAGCACAAGAGGAGAUUACCACUUUCCUCUAUGGUUUUUGGUACCAAUGCUUUAUUUACCAAGCCUGCCCAAUCUUUGGCUCCAAUGGUUGUGGUUACAAUACUAAAUCAUUAUGGAUAUUACAACUUGAAUAAUGUACCUGGUCAUCCUGAUAUAAGCAGGUCUUUUUUAGAUCUCCACGAUGCCAUGUUCUACCUGGUGUGUCUGGUUCCACUCUGCAUUGCAGUCCUGCAGAUCCUGACCUGGACUCCCUUUUCCAUCCAGAACAGCCACGUGGCAGCUCUACAUUGAAUAUGCACCCAGUGGUCGGUGCAUCUCCUGCUGAACCACAGAAGAGUUCAGUAAGUGUUUCAUGUGAGAAAGCAAAAUUGCAAGCUGAAACACAGUUUGAGCUGUUUCAGGAGGGCUGCAUUUGCAGUGUCUGUAGGCUCUAAGUCACAUCAGCCCUAAUGCUGAGCCUACACAGAGUUUUCCUAGUUCGGUUGCUUUCCAUUAAUAGGUUUUAUCCUUAAUUACUUUAUUUAAAGUAAUUUCUGGUAUCUAAUGACUCCUAAUAACUCAUUUGAAGAAAGGAUAUGGCAGAUCAGGGAAAGGAAUCCCAACCCAGCACCUGGAAUUCCAGGGAACUGUAUUUUCUUAAGCUUACUGGUGGAUUAAUUUCGCCAUACUGAUAAAAUGGCAGAUCUCUGAAGUUAAUCUGGAAGAUCCUGGUGGACAUCCCUCAUGGAUGGCAGGGAGAUGAAGAGGAAAAUUUAGAUGGUGUCUAGCUGGCCAGUCUCAAGACAAAUCUGACAGCUGCCACAGGAAGUGCCAAGAGUAAUUAACUACCCUGUGAAAGUCUGUGUAAGGCUAAAGAAGAAAAAGAUUAAAAUGCUGUUCAGUGUUGCUGAAUAUGGAAAAAGCUCCAUAAGUCCUCACUGGCUUUCUGAGUGUCCCUGGUUGGUGGAAGGUCAGUGCAGUUUUCUGGCUUUAAUGGGAAAAUAGUUUUGAAGGUAUCAUAUUGUUAGUGCUUCCUACAGAAUGUCAUUGUGGCAAGGAGAGCAUUAGUCUGUGGCUCUUGGACAAAUCUAAGCACACACAGUUACUAAACCAAGCUCUACCUGUUCAGUGGUGUUAUGUUGGCAAACUCAUUUGGUGUGUGACAAUUGAAGUUGAUUUCUGAAUCAUCAAGUUAAAGUUAGUUAAUUUCUAAUUCAUUCCUACCAGAAUGUAUUCAGUCAACCUUUUAAAUGGAUCCUGUGAUUUUUAUAAAAUAAAGGGUUUUGACAAAAUUUCAGAAA